AUGGAAACAGAUUUAAUGACAAUAACAAGGAAAUCAUUGGAUCCAGCCAGUUUUGUUAAAAAACCUGCACCACCACCAAAUUCAUCGAAACCAAAGAGGCCGUUAUCACUACCUCUAGGAGAUCAGAAUCUACCGCAAUCACCUCCAUCACUUCUGGGAGGAUCGUCAUCUUCAUCGGUGUCAAGAUCGACUUCACCAUCACCAUCACCACCCUCUACCAUCUCGAAAAGUGGCGAACAGGCAAUCUACUCAUUAAAUAGGAGUAAUGGAAGUAAUGGUAGCAAUCGUUCACCAUCUUCUUCCACGUCGUCGGGAUUCCUAACAUCGCCACAGUCCAGCCCUCCUUCUUCUAGACGACCACCAUCAUUUAAACCACCACCCAAAUCCAAUAGUAUACUAUUCUCUGUAAUAUAUGAUAAAACAAGUGCAGGAAUUAAAGAUGUUGAAAUAGAUGAUAUUCUACCAAGAGUUAAUCUACAAAGAAUUAUAAUGGCAAGGAAUCUAAUUGAAGUGAUUCCAGAGAGGAUUUCAGAACUUCAACAUGUAAACACUUUGGACUUUUCAUAUAAUCGACUAAAGUCGUUACCAAGCUCCAUUUCGAAUAUGCAGGAAUUGACUACUCUGCUUUUGGCAGGCAAUCAAUUGCUCAUUCCAGCCAAAGAUUAUAUAGAUAAUACCAGUAGUAUAGUAAAUGAUAUCGGUGAAAUAGAGUUGGAUGAAGACUGUGAGGCAGAUGAAGAGUCAAUAGGCAGUAGCAGUAAUACUAAUAAUAAAAACGACAGCCAAUCAAAAAGUUUAUCAUUUAUAGUUUCAACAACAUCAUCAACAUCUUCCAACGAUUUACCACAACAUGUACAUAAACUGAACUCAUCAGUAACAACAACAACAAACUCAACAACUCUAAUCAAUACCAAUAACAAUAGUAAUAAUAACCAACAAGCUGAAUCGCUUCAAACUUCAGGGGGUGAAGCGUUACCCUCUGAAUUCAGUUAUCUCACCCACCUUACAAAAGUAGACUUGACAUCGAAUAUCGCACCAAACUGGAUUGGAAAUACCUAUCUACCUCCUUCACUCUUUUGGUUCAGUCAAAUCACAACGUUGUUGGCAUCGCAUUGCCAGCUCGCAGCGAUUCAAUCGGAUAUCCAACAUCUCAUUUCACUGACUCAUCUCGAUCUCUCUGACAAUGCAAUUGGCGAACUACCGGCAGAGAUUGGACAGCUUAUCAAUCUAAAGACAUUGGUGUUACGUUCCAAUCAACUUGUUGCCGUACCUUCAGAGUUGUCGAUGCUCUCAAACUCGCUAACCAAUCUCGAUCUCUCACACAACCAAUUGACUGAACUGCCAGUUGAGUUGUGUCAGCUAUCGAAGCUAGACACUCUCAAUCUAUCGUACAAUCAACUGACAGCAAUACCCGAAGAAUGGUUCAAUCCCGACGACGAUUUCGGAUUCGCACUGCACUCACUCACCGACUUGCGAAUACGGUCCAACUCAAUCACCGCUCUUCCACAACACCUCUUUUUGUGUCAAUGUAAAUUCAACUAUUUAGAUCUAUCGGAUAAUCAACUUUUAGAACUACCUCCAAUUACAUAUGAAACAAUCAACGAAGAAGGAGAAGAAGGUGAAGAAACUUAUGAACAAACAAAUUUCGAUUUAGAAUCACUUUCAACUUUAUUGCUUUUUAAUAAUAAGCUAAGUCAACUACCCAAUAAUCUAUUCCAACAGCUACCAUCGAUAAACACACUCAACCUAUCGGAUAACCAGCUGGUUAGUUUAUCCCCGAGUAUAUGGAGUUGUUGUCAUUCACUUUCCACUCUAUUCAUUGGCUACAAUCGGUUGGAAUCAUUCCCAAUGCCUAGCGAUUCAUUCUACAGUCUGGAGGAACUCUAUCUCAACGGUAACCGAGAUAUUAAGUUCGAAUACGAUGAAUCGAUCGAUUAUUUCCCAAGUCUGAGAGAGUUGGCGCUUGGAUCUUGUAAUUUAGAUGUAAUACCACCGUUUCUAUUCAAAUCGUGCUCACUCGACAAACUCGACCUCGCCAACAACCAGAUCAGUGAAAUCGAUUUGCAAUUGGUUCGAAUGGAGAGUCUAUCGAUUCUACAUUUGAAUCACAAUCGUUUGGUAUCGCUACCGAACGAACUUGAGAAUCUAAAGAACCUCAGGAUGCUCGAUCUAUCGUUCAACUCGAUUGAAUCGCUACCGAAAGGUUUAUUUUCACACAGCAGUAAUAAUAGUCAACAACUGCAUCUUACCCACCACCACAAUGCCAGCGAUUUGUCCAACCAGUUUGGUGAGACAUGCGAUAUCUGGACAGAGUCAAAACGAUUCGAUAUUGCAAUGGCUGAAAUGAUGGGAAGACGUCCAUCAAUGGAAGAUGCAUUUACUAUUCGUGGAAACUUUUCAUCAUCAUCAUCAUCGCUAUCCUCAUCAUCUUCAUCGUCAUCUAAUGAUAAUCAAGAUUUGAUUGCAUUGUUUGAUGGACAUGCAGGUGCAAUGGCAGCAACCUACAGUUGUAAAUGGUUUCCACAGAUUGUAAGAACACUCAUUGAAAAAUAUCCAUCGCUACCACCUCUACAAUGGUUGAAACAGGCAUACAGUGAAGUGUCACUACAUUUCAAAUCCUAUGUCAACAACGAGCAUCAGGAGUUGAAGUAUUGUGGCGCCACAGCUGCAGCGGUACUCAUCGAGAAUAACCACUAUUAUGUAUCAAACAUUGGUGAUACUCGUGUGGUGCUGUGUCGAAACGGACAAGCCAAACGAUUGUCUUUCGAUCACAAACCGAACGACCCCUCCGAAGAAGAGAGAAUUCGUAAGCUCGGUGGCUACGUCAUUUCGAACCAACAUACCGCGCGAGUCAAUGGGACACUCGCCGUUUCGAGAUCGAUCGGUGAUUUCUAUAUGGAACCUUUUGUUGUACCCGAUCCUUACCUCUCGAUCACCGAAGCACAUCCCGACGAUCAGUAUCUCAUUGUUGCAUGCGAUGGAAUAUGGGAUGAAAUAACGGAUCAAACCGCUUGUGAUAUUAUAUUGAAUUCGAAAUCAUUGAAAGAUGCAGCUUACCGACUAAAAGAUUUCGCUUACUUCAAAGGAUCCGAUGAUAAUAUUACUGUUAUAAUUAUUGAUUUAAAAAAACAACAUUGA